AUGCUUUUAAUCACUUGCUCAUUUAGUCUUUCAAACAAGAAAGCCCUAAAGAAGUCAUCCAAGAAGCUUAAAGAAGCGGAAGACUUUGGAACUGAGCAACUUUCUAUUCCUCAGUUUAGUGCAAAGUCUCUUCGAACUAUGUUUACUUCUGAUCUUUACCUUGUUCCAACCACUCCUGCUGUUGAUCCUAAAGGUAAAAGGGUCAGCUUCGAUUUUAAGUUGGAUGUUAAGCUGUUGGAAGAAGCUCCUUUAGUCAACAACGUCUAUGCUUCUAAAGCCCUUUCCCGAAUGUGGGGCAACACUUCUCUAGAGCAUCUUUGCCAGCUUGUUUCAACUGUAAAAAAGUGUGUAAACAAGGUCACCUCUUCUCCUCCUAAAUGUGUUCUCUUGGUUAAUGGAAAAGAUUUCAAGCUAUUCAAGUUUGAAAAGGCCAGUUUCACUAUUUCUCAUGAAUCUGAGGUUGUUUAUGGAUGCCUUGUCACUAGUGAUUUUUGCAAGGGUCGUUUCCAGUCCCUUGGGAAGAUUGUGGUGAAUUCCAUAUACAAGGUAAAGAAAUGUGGAAAAGGCAUGAUGCAAGACUUUUCCAGAACUCCUCAACUUGAGCAAAACAUUUCAGACAAUCCUAAUUCUUACAAUGAUUAUGAUCUGAUUUCCAAAUCUCAGCCCAUUUCUAUCUUUUCUAACAAGAGGGUUUCUCAGUCUUCCACUAUUAUUUUGGAAUACAAUUCUGAGGAAGACGUUGAUAGUCUAAAUAAUGCUAUUUCCCUCGUGAAACAAGAGUUUUUUAACCCUCAGGUCAAAGGGAAAAAAAACGCUGAAAAUAUCUAUGUCAAAUCUGUGAACUCUUCUAUGACAACUGUGUCGAGCGAAAUUCCUUUCAGCAUUGUUUUGCCUACGCCUCCACCCAAAGUUGCUACUUGCACCUGGAAUUAA